AUGGAAGUAGAUCCAACUACAACAUCUGCUCCUGAAGCAGCACACCAAGAAUCCACAGACAGCACUAGCCAUGUAGACAACGAGUCAUCUGCCAUGGACAUCACUGCUGCUCCAGCAGACACUGCUACGUCAUCUACAGAGGAGGCAGCAUCCAACAUGGAUAACACUACCACUAACAGUCUCGGCGCUGAACCCAUCUCAAGAGUAAGCGAAGAACAGGAGCUCUAUCCUAUCGCUGUUCUGGUAGACGAGCUCAAAAACGAAGAUGUCCAAUUGCGUUUGAAUGCCAUUCGUAAUUUGGGCACGAUUGCCAUGGCUUUAGGCCCACAGAGAACACGAGAUGAAUUGAUACCUUUUCUUAAUGAUGGUAUUGACGAUGAGGACGAAGUGCUGUUGGCUGUUGCAGAGGAACUUGCCAACUUCUCUGAGCAUGUGGGUGGCCCUGAAUACGCUCAUUAUUUAUUGAACCCUCUAGAGAAUCUGGCUACUGUAGAAGAAGUGCUUGUCAGAGAUAAAGCUGUCGAGUCCAUGAACAAGAUUGUCAAGUUGCUGAACCCCUCGCAAAUCACACACUAUUUCUUGCCGCUAUUGAAGCGCUUGACUACUGCUGAUUGGUUUACUGGCCGUAUUUCAGCAUGUGGUUUAUAUGCUGUUGGAUACUCAAAGUGCACACCCGAACAGCAAAAUGAGCUGCGAACUGCAUUUGCUCAACUGAUUCAAGACGACACGCCCAUGGUCAAGAGAGCUGCUGCCAAAGCACUUGCUAAUUUCUCCAAAGAAUUGACCCAGCAACAACUGAUCAGCCAUAUCUUGCCAUUGUUUCUUCGACUCACCAACGACGAUCAAGACACAGUACGAUUAUUGACUGUGGAAGACUUGGUUCAGAUUGCAAAGAUGUUUACACCUGAUGAAUGCAGACAAUACUUGUUGAGCACACUUCGAUCUUUGGGCCAAGACAGAUCCUGGAGAGUGAGAUAUAUGGUAGCAACACACUUUAACGAGCUCUGUGAAGCAUUAGGCGAAUCCAUCACUCGUGAAGAAAUGGUGACAUUGUUUGUCAGUCUCAUCAAGGACAGCGAAGGCGAGGUCAAGAUACUGUCUAUUGGACAAGCACCCGCUUAUUCCAAACUGAUUGAUCAGCAAGUUGUCAUUGAUAAAAUUCUCCCCUGUAUGAAGGACCUUGUCAUUGAUACAAACCAGCAUGUUCGCGCUGCUGUGGCUACAAACAUCAGCGGAUUUGCACCCAUCUUGGGUAAAGAUUUGACUAUUGAAUACCUCUUACCUCUAUUCCUCCAACUACUCAAAGACGAUUUCCCUGAUGUUAGAUUAAACAUUAUAUCCAAGCUUGAAAAUGUAAACCAAGUCAUUGGCGUAGAGCGUCUCUCUCAAUCUCUUUUGCCAGCCAUUGUUGAAUUGGCCGAAGACAAACAGUGGAGAGUUAGAUUAGCCAUUAUAGAAUACAUUCCCCUCUUGGCAUCACAAUUAGGCGUUGGAUUUUUUGAUGAAAAGUUACUUGGAUUGUGUCUAUCCUGGCUGGGAGAUGCUGUCUUUUCCAUCAGAGACGCUGCAACAACCAACCUCAAGAAACUCGUCGAGAUAUUUGGAAACGACUGGGCCAAGGACACCGUUUUACCCCAAGUCAUUGAUAUGGCACACAACGAGAACUACCUGUAUCGAAUGACCACACUCUUUACGUUGUCGACAAUGGCCACCUCUCUUACACCCGAGAUCAUCAAGGAAAAGGUGCUUCCUACAGUUCUUGGACUGGUAGAUGAUCCCAUUCCAAAUGUCAGAUUCAACGUGGCCAAAUCACUGGAAGUCCUGGUGCCCAUCUUGAAGCAGCACUCCAAUGCAGAAGUAUCAUCCCACGUCAUUCAAGUGCUCGAUAAAUUAAGUAAAGACUCUGAUGUGGAUGUACGCUUCUUUGCCGAGAAAGCCUUGGUAUUAGCACAAAGCAACUAA